GGCAGUCGUUCCUCUAAGACCUUUAAGCCGAAGAAGAACAUCCCAGAGGGCUCCCACCAGUAUGAGCUGUUGAAGCAUGCCGAGGCAACACUGGGGAGUGGGAACCUGAGGCAGGCUGUCAUGCUGCCAGAGGGGGAAGAUCUCAAUGAGUGGAUUGCUGUUAACAGUGAGUGAAAGGGGUGAUUGAGGGAGGAGAGCACGGGAGAUUGAAAUGACACCUCUUCUUAAUGACAGCCUUCAGGUCCUUUAGGUUGUAGCACAGUGUCUAUAUAUGUGGCCAGAGAUUAGAUUUAAGUAUAACUGUUCAGUCUAUCUGGUUAUUGCCUCUUUCAUAUCAAGUACUUUGUCAUUGGGCAUUUAGUUUCCCAUUCAGUUGUGCUUUUGUAUGAGGUAAUAUGGGCCUUUGGUCUGCUUUCCGUUUCAGCUGUGGACUUCUUCAAUCAGAUCAACAUGCUCUACGGCACCAUUACUGAGUUCUGCACUGAGACCAGCUGCUCUGUGAUGUCUGCCGGACCAAGGUAAGACCGGCAGACAGACAAUUCAAAUGGAAAAGGAAGCUGCACACUCAGCUUUCUUUGCUGUGGAUUUAUUUGACCAACGUUUCGGCUAAAGAACCUUCAUCAGGGUAACAGACAGACAUUUGAUGCAUGUUCCCUCUAUUUCAAUUCUAGUAUUCUCUGAAAUGACCUGAAAAGAGUGAUGAAAAUGUUAUUCUUUAAUAUGUUAUUUAUUUAUCCAUAAGCUACUGCUAUGGUCAGCCCAGCGCAGACUCUGCCCACAUACACAUAGACAUGUUUUAUUUUGGGUACCUAGUUUCAAACUUUGGUUCAGUGCGUUGGUUUCACUUAAUGUUUUUACAAUGCGAGUGCAGUACAGAACAAAUCAUUUCUGGAGGUGGCCCGUAUUCACAAAGCCUCUCAGAGGAGGAGUGGUGAUCUAAUCAUGCAAUCUUAUUCAUUAUGAUAUGAAAGGGGAAGCUAAUCCUAGAUCAGCAGUCCUUCUCUGAUAUGCUUUGUGAAUACUGAUUCCUGUGUCGACUGAAACCACUUAAGUGCUGUCAUUAGUUUAGUGGUAUAUAGUUUGGGCUCUUCCUCAGAGUUCCUUCUCCUUUCUCUAUUUUCGGUCUCUAAUCAGGAGGAAGAGACCCGAGCCGAAUUCCUGCCCAAAUGGCCAUAAUCACGGUCACUAUAGCGUUUGUCCUAGUCUCUUCUGCUCCUUUCCAGCUCCUGGAACUUACUCUAGCAUACACUGUACUAAUAAUGUAUGGUAAAUGUCUUGUAUGAAGAACAAUAAGAAAAUCCGCACACUAAUGAAAUGCUCUGUGUCUAAUAGGACAAUGUUUUGACCCCAAACUGGUUCUUGUCAGGAAGAUGUCCUCUUUAACACUAGAAUCCUUGGGCCUAGAGGGACCCCCAUUAGAGCUAAUGAGCAGUCAUUCUGACUGCAACAUUCUAACAUUGUAAUUAAUACAUUUCAUAUAUGCUAUCACAAAAUAAUAAUCAUUUGGUUGUGUAUAUUUAUAUGUAUAUACAUUUUUUUUUUAUUGCAUUUCAUUAGUUUGUUACUGUAUACCAGGGGUUCCCAAACUUUUUUGGCCAUGACCCCAUUUGGAUAUCUGAAAAUUAUUGUGACCCCCAACCAUGUGAAUUAUUAUUUUUUAAUUAACAGCCAAUGUUUACUUUUUUAUUUGGGGCUAUGGCAGUCAAUUGAAAAACAUUCUGUAUUUCUGACUGUCUUCUCAACUCACUGUCACAUACUUUUAAUGUGGGGCUAUGACAGUCAAUUGCAAAUUUGUCUCACCACCACUAAUGAGAUGGGUGUGCUUGAUGCACAUCGGGUGUGGUCGACAGUGUACACCUCAUCUCUGCUGUCACGUCCAACCUGGAUUGUUACUGUAUUUAGUUUUAAUGCAGACCAGAGCACUGAAUCCAGCUUCACACAGAUAUGAGCUGGCGAAGGGUAGCCUACCAUGAGUUUUAUGGUGCUUUCAAGACAACUGGGAGGUCAAAUAAUGACGUCAGUGAUCUUUAGGUUGGAAAGUCGGGGGUCUAGAAAGAGACCGGAGUUGGAAUUCCGAGUUGGAUGACCGUUAAACUUUUCUACCAGUCAAAGCUUGUUUCUUUCAGAGGUCCCAGUUCUGAGUUCCCAGUUGUUUUGAAUGCGGAAUUAAUGCUCAGAGGGAGACAGCAUGGUAUUUACUUUGAGUCAGGAACCAAAACUCCUCUGUAUUGACCCGUGAAUGUAUUCACUCACAUGACAGUUCGAUCAGCUGUUCGAUUUCACUUACUGGCAUGUCAACUGAGACAGGAUCACAGUCAAAUGGAUUGGGAAGUAGGUCCCAAAGUGCUCUUCCAAGCGUUGGAGGUGAGCAGUCAUCAAUCGUGUGGGACACUGAUGCUGUUUUCUGUUACUUUCUUUUCAUUACACAGAAAGUCAACCAAGUCUGUUCUUUUUACAUCCAUUGUGAAUGACAACAGUUCCUCUCUCAAUGUGAAAAAUCCAACACUCCCCCUCGAUAACAUAGAACAUUAUCAUGCUCUGAUCCGAUAUCUCCACAUAGUUUUGCGAACAGGCAUGCGCGCAGUGGAUGUGGUUUGAUGUAGUUUACAAUCGAAGUCACCUGCUGCAGUAUAUCUCAGAGCUCUGUGCUCAGCUCUUUUGCUGCCAGUUGCUCUCGUUGUAUCAUACAAUGAAUGUGUCCAUAUGGCAGAGGGAUACACAUUCAUAACUAGAGUGCAUAGCCUGCCCGCCAUCCCGCCAUAGAUGGAGCCCCAUCUGUGAAAAAGCCCACCAUUCGAUCCCAUAUGGAAUCUGUUUUUUGUCACUAUAGCCACGCAGAACACUGAACAUCCCCAAUGUCAUUUCAUGCUUGGGAAUCGUGAGCCAGAACAAUAUAUCCUUGUGUAGCUCAGUUGGUAGAGCAUGGCGCUUGCAACGCCAGGGUUGUGGGUUCGUUUCCCACGGGGGGCCAGUAUGAAAAUGUAUGCACUCACUAACUGUAAGUCGCUCUGGAUAAGAGCGUCUGCUAAAUGACUAAAAUGUGAAAUGAAUAGCAUCCCCGGACAUGUAACGGCCCUCAAAGCUAACGUCCAUUUGGAGAGCAUAAGCUGGGGAGUUUUCGAGUCGUUCAUUCAGAGCAUAAAUUCUUUGUUUAACAGUCUUCUCUGACAAAGGUAUUGAUGUGAGUUUCUGUGCCUCCCCACACUUUGUUUUCAACAUAUGAAUUGCGGCCGGUAAUAUCAAAGUCUCUGCAAUAGUGUGUGGUUUCAUAGCGUAGCGGGCCUAGCCAUUCACCGUGGGAAUGAUUCGUGUGCAACGGUCAAAUGAGGCCUUUUCCCAUGAUCUAAGGGUGCUCUCGUUGAAUUUUGAAGAUAAAAAAAAAAAUAUAUAUAUAUUUUACACACACACAGCACAAGUCCAAAGUUUGGACACACCUACUCAUUCAAGGGUUUUUCUUUAUUUUUACUGUUUUCUACAUUGUAGAAUAAUAGUGAAGACAUCAAAACUAUGAAAUAACACAUAUAUUUGAGAUUCUUCACCCUUUGCCUUGAUGACAGCUUUGCACACUAUUGGCAUUCUCUCAACCAGCUUCACCUGGAAUGCUUUUCCAACAGUCUUGAAGGAGUUCCCACAUAUGCUGAGCACUUGUUGGCUGCUUUUCCUUCACUCUGCGGUCCAACUCAUCCCAAACCAUCUCAAUUGGGUUGAGGUCGGGUGAUUGUGGAGGCCAGGUCAUCUGAUGUAGCAGUCCAUCACUCUCCUUCUUGGUCAAAUAGCCCUUACACAGCCUGGAGGUGUGUUGGGUCAUUGUCCUGUUGAAAAACAAAUGAUAGUCCCACUAAGCACAAACCAGAUGGGAUGGCAUAUCGCUGCAGAAUGCUGUGGUAGCCAUGCUGUUUAAGUGUGCCUUGAAUUCUAAAUAAAUCACUGAUAGUGUCACCAGCAAAGCACCAUCACACCUCCUCCACCAUGCUUCACGGUGGAAACCACACAUGCAAGAUCAUCCUUUCACCUACUCUGCGUCUCACAAAGACACAGCGGUUGGAACCAAAAAUCUCAGAUUUGGACUCCUCAGACCAAAGGGCAGAUUUUCGGUCUAAUGUCCAUUGCUCGUCUGUCUUGGCCCAAGCAAGUCUCUUCUUCUUAUUGGUGUCAUUUAGUAGUGGUUUCUUUGCAGCAAUUCGACCAUUCACGUAGUCUCCUCUGAACAGUUGAUGUUGAGAUGUGUCUGUUACUUGAACUCUGUGAAGCAUUUAUUUGGGCUGCAAUUUCUGAGGCUGGUAACUCUAAUGAACCUAUCCUCUGCAGCAGAGGUAACUCUGGCUCUUCCUUUCUUGUGGCGGUCCUCAUCAGAGCCAGUUUCAUCAUAGCGCUUGAUGGUUUUUGCGACUGCACAUGAAGAAACUUUCAAAGUUCUAGACAUUUUCCGGAUUGAUUGAUUGACCUUCAUGUCUUAAAGUAAUGAUGGACUGUCGUUUCUCUUUGCUUAUUUGAGCUGUUCUUGCCAUAAUAUGGACUUGGUCUUUUACCAAAUAGGGCUAUCUUCUGUAUACCACCCCUACCUUGUCACAACACAACUGAUUGGCUCAAACGCAUUAAGAAGGAAAUAAAUUCCACACCUGUUAAUUGAAAUGACUUCCAGUUGACUACCUCAUGAAGCUGGUUGUGAGAAUGCCAAGAGUGUGCAAAGCUGUCAUCAAGGCAAAGGGUGGCUACUUUGAAGAAUCUCAAAUAUAAAAUAUAGUGUGAUUUGUUUAACACUUUUUUUUGUUUACUACAUGAUUCCAUAUGUGUUCUUUUAUAGUUUUGAUGCCUUCACUAUUAUUCUACAAUGUAGAAAAUAGUAAAAAUGAAGAUAAACCCUUGAAUGAGUAGGCGUGUCCAAACUUUUGACUAGUACAUACAUACAGUGCCUUCAGAAAGUAUUCAGACCCCUUGACAUUUUCCACAUUUUAUGUUACAGCCUUAUUCUAAAAUGGAUUAAAUAAAACAAUUUCCUCAGCAAUCUACACACAAUACCCCAUAAUGACAAAGCAAAAACAGGUUUUUAGAAAUGUUUGUACAUUUAUUAAAAACAGAAAUACCUUAUUUACAUAAGUAUUCAGACCCUUUGCUAUGAGACUCAACCGAGCUCAGGUGCAUCCUGUUUCCAUUGAUCAUCCUUGAGAUGUUUCUACAACUUGAUUGGCGUCCACCUGGGGUAAAUUCAAUUGAUUGGACAUGAUUUGGAAAGACACACACCUGUCUAUAUAAGGUUCCACAGUUGACAGUGCAUGUCAGAGCAAAAACCAAGCCAUGAGGUCAAAGGAAUUGUCCAUAGAGCUCCGAGACAGGAUUGUGUCGAGGGACAGAUCUGGGGAAGGGUACCAAAACAUUUCUGCAGCAUUAAAGGUCCCCAAGAACACGGUAGCCUCUAUCAUUCUUAAAUGGAAGAAGUUUGGAACCACCAAGACUCUUCCUAGAGCUGGCCGCCCUACCAAACUGAGCAAUCGGAGGAGAUGGGCCUUGGUCAGGGAGGUGACCAAGAACCCAAUGGUCACUCUGACAGAGCUCCAGAGUUCCUCUGUGGAGAUGGGAGAACCUUCCAGAAGGACAACCAUCUCUGCAGCACUCCACCAAUCAGGCCUUUAUGGUAGAGUGGCCAGACGGAAGCCACUCCUCAGUAAAAGGCACAGGACAGCCCGAUUGGAGUUUGCCAAAAGGCACCUAAAGACUCUCAGACCAUGAGAAACAAGAUUCUCUGGUCUGAUGAAACCAUGAUUUAACUCUUUGGCCUGAAUGCCAAGUGUCACGUCUGGAGGAAACCUGGCACCAUCCCUAUGGUGACGCAUGGUGGUGGCAGCAACAUGCUGUGGGGGUGUUUUUCAGCGGCAGGGACUGGGAGACUAGUCAGGAUUGAGGGAAAGAUGAACGGAGAACAGUACAGAGAGAUCCUUGAUGAAAACCUGCUCCAGAGCGCUCAGGACCUCAGAUUGGGGCAAAGGUUCACCUUCCAACAGGACAACGACCCUAAGGAUACACAUUUCUAAAAACACGUUUUUGCUUUGUCAUUAUGGGGUAUUGUGUGUAGAUUUAAUGAGGGGUGAAAAAACAAUGUUAGAAUAAGGCUGUAACCUAACAAAAUGUGGAAAAAGUCAAGGGGUCUGAAUACUUUCCGAAGGCUGUGUGUAUAUAUAUAUAUAUAUAAUUUUUUUUCUUUUUUUUUUUUUUUAAAUGGAUUUUGGAAUUUCUCCAGUGACCCCAUGUUGAUAUCAGGCGACAUCUAGUUUGGGAACCGCUGCUGUAAGCUAUAUUUAAAAACAAAAAAUCACAAACAGUGCCUUUGGUACUACUAUGAAACAGAAAACAUAUGUGUUGGAACGUGGUAACGGCAUAUUUUUAUGACAAAAUAAAUAAAAUACCCCAACCACCAAAUGAUGAUAACAUUCGUAGCCUAAACAUCAUUAUAAGCGCCAAGUGUGCUUGAUAAAUAGUGAAAAUCAGCACAAAAGCAAUAAUGGAAUUAUAAUUGUGUCGAUAUGACAGCAGUCAAAACGUCAAUUGUCAGCUCGUGCUUACAUGGUGUGCAUCUUCACGCACUGGCAUUAGUUGGAGCAUGUCCCAUGUCACAUAAACAAUGAAAGCUGGUGAGUGCACUUGCUGAUGUUUUUUGCUUGAGAUGUAGGGCCUGCUCUCUGUGAUGACAUUUUGUGCUCAUAAUCGGCCUGUAGCAUUGCCACCGGCCUGUUCUAGCCAAACGGUGCUGUCCCUUCCUCUCCAUUCUCACUGUUUCAUUUUGGAGGUUGCGCGGGCACCUGCUCAGUGCGUACCAUUCUGGCUUUUUUGCACUUAGGCCUCGGAGGUGUAGGUUCAGGUUGAGGCUCAUAAUCAUCAUAAUGAAGAAUAAACAUCAGAUGUCAUGAUUCAUUUCUUCCCCACCAUCUGAGCCAUUUUCAUUCAGAUUUUGUAGCGACGCUAACGCAGCAUGUGCAUUCAUUCGUCUUGGGCUUCUUGUUAUUGUAAAUUACUCACGCUGUCAAUGUUCUCCAAGUAGGCCAGAGUAGACUGAUGAGACUGCUUGGAUUUGGUGGACUGAUACAGGGUACAUACCAUUAUGAGAUUAGAAUUAGAACAGAUCAAAACAAUAGAAUGGCCCACCCUGAUCAUCAUUCACAAUUAGUGAUUACAUAACUAUGCAUGUUUGCUUCCCCUUGUUCAUCAACUCACCCAUUCUCCCCCAUCAUACUUCACUUAAUUUAUUUUGUCUGUUAUAUGUGUGAAAUUAGUUUUGGAAUAGUUUCGGUUUAGUUUCGAAGCAAUUAUCGGGGUGAUUAUCAACUGUGCACAACACCUUCAACUGUCGGGAGAAGGAGGGGAGCAGGCCCUACUGUUGGGAGAAGGAGGGCAACGGGGAGGAAACCAUUCCAAAAAAUGACAUGCCCUCCUCAAACUGGUUAUUACUCUGGGUUCUGUUUGUGAUAUUAAGAUUCUAACAACGACUGUGUGUUAUAUAGACUUAUUUAGUGAAAGUCAAGGACAGAGGGGGGCAUUACUUAAAUGGCAGAGUAAUAUUUAUUUAUUUAUUAAUGAGCAGUCCAAAUGACUGCUUUAGCGAUUUCUAGUAUUAAGCCAUUGAAUUGUGCCAAAAACAGAGGAAGUCAGAAUUGCAUGUUAUUAAAAUUCCAUCUCUACCUCCAUCUCAUUCCAUCUCUCCUCCAUCUCUACCUCCCUCAAGGUAUGAAUACCACUGGGCUGAUGGCACCAACAUCAAAAAGCCCAUCAAGUGCUCUGCUCCCAAGUACAUAGACUACCUGAUGACCUGGGUGCAGGACCAGCUGGAUGAUGAGACACUCUUCCCCUCCAAGAUAGGUUAGGUGACAAUUCACAUUUGUGCGCAUGAAUUUGAAACCUUCAAAGCCUAGACCUUUGGCUUUGAGAAACUGAAAGAACUCCCCUGCUCUGUCUCCCCAGGAGUGCCCUUUCCUAAGAACUUCAUGUCUGUGGCCAAGACCAUUUUGAAGCGCCUGUUCAGAGUCUAUGCCCACAUCUACCACCAGCAUUUUGAUUCUGUGAUGCAGCUGCAGGAGGAGGCCCACCUCAAUACCUCCUUCAAACACUUCAUCUUCUUUGUCCAGGUGCAACUGCUAAUACAUUCAAAAUAUCAAACGUUAUCUUUAUUGCUGUUUAGAAAUGAUUGUCAUGAUUCUAUCAGAAGGGUUAUUCAUGCUUCCAUGGAUGUAGUAAAUAAUAUUAUAUUCCCAUUGAUGCAUUGUGCAAUUAUAAUUCACAGUUAACAGGCAUAAUUGUUACUAUCCUGUGUAAAUAUAGCAGGAACCUUGAUUUUAUGUUCUAUCACGAUCACAUAUGGCUUGUAUGGUCUUUUACCUUGGUUGUGUGUCUGUUUAGGAGUUCAACCUCAUUGAUCGUCGUGAGCUGGCCCCCCUGCAGGACCUCAUUGAGAAGCUGGGCUCCAAGGACAGAUAAACUCCUUUAUCUUUCUCAUCUCCCCUCCUCUCUCUAUCUCACUCUCGCUGUGCCUACCACCUCUCUGGCUUUCUAGAAUUGUCCACUCUUUCACUUUGUGCCUUUUUCUUUCCCCUCUUUCUCCCUCCAUUCAUUACCUGUAUGUUUUUUGUUCUGUUCCAGUUUCUUGCUCUUCCCUCUAGUUGUCUGACAUUGUUUCAGAGCUUGUAUUGUUACAGCUCACUCUAGUCUUUAAGGUAAGAUACCAGAGUGUAGUAUAUUGAAGGUAUAUUUUGUAAUUUUGGUAAACAAGUUAUAUAAUUGGGACCUACUGACCUGUACUGUGGACCAAGAUGUUUAAGGAGUUUAAAUGGAAGUUUGGACACACCUACUCAUUCAAGGGUUUUUCUUUUAUU